AUGUCAGCUUUAACUCCAGAAAUACAGUCGCUAUUGGACACAGUUGUGUUCAGCCUCAAACGACAUCAGAUUGACGAUGAGAAAGAGAUGGCAUUGACAAUAGCGCAUAUGUUAAUGAAGGUGAUAUCAGCAGCAAGAUGGUCAAGUACUUAUGAAUUGAUAAGUUUGAUUAGACUGGUAGGAACGGUUAUCCACAAGGCGUACCCUAGAAGAGUAGUACCGGGUAACAUUAUACGGAGAGUUCUUGCUCUUAUACGGGAAGAAAUAGAAACGACGGAUGGUGAGAGCAAUAAUGUGCCAAUGAUGAGCUCAAUGUUUAGUUUAUUAACCACUACAAACAAACAAGAAGCCAAAGCAGACAAAACCUCGCAAACAAAGAAGCAAAAUAGCGAUAUGAGGAGUAUAAUUAUACAAGGUAUAAGAGAUUUAGUGGACGAAAUUACCAAUGUUAACGAGGGUAUAGAGAUCAUGUCGGCAGAUUUGAUCCACGAUAACGAAGUUCUUUUAACUCCGACCCCAACAUCAGACACAGUUUUGCAUUUUUUAUUGAAGGCUAAAAGUAAAAGAAAAUUCACAGUUUUGGUCACUGAGAAUUUCCCAAACAAUUUGAAAAGGGCGCAACUUUUUGCAAAAAAGUUAGCUGAACAUGAUAUAGAAACUAUAUUGAUUCCCGAUUCAACGACUUACGCAGUAAUGUCAAGAGUCGGCAAAGUCAUAAUUGGUUCAAAUACCGUGUUUGCCAAUGGCGGCUGCUUGUCACUGAGUGGUGUCGCUAGUGUUGUUGAGUGUGCUAAAGAACAUAAAACUCCUGUUUUUGCCGUUGCCGGACUAUAUAAAUUAUCGCCCUUGUAUCCGUUCACAAGAAACGAUUUGAUUGAAGUUGGAAACUCGGGCAAAGUAUUGAGUCACGAUGAUUUUGAAUUGGUCGAUAAUGUUGAUGUUACCAAUCCACUAGAAGAUUAUAUCCCACCCGAACAUAUAGAUAUCUUCAUUACAAAUAUUGGUGGAUUUGCUCCAAGUUUCAUAUAUAGAAUAGUUUUGGAUAACUACAAGACUGAAGAUAAUAAAUUGGAUUAA